AAGGAGGCGGGGGGGAAGGGGGAGGUAGAAGGAGUCACCUCUCGAGCAACGCUCCGACAGUCACACUCCUCCAGCCAGAAGGUAAACAAGAUGGUGGACACCAGGGCCUGUCAAAAGCCUUCGACGCGGCAAAAUACCUUUCGAGGGAUAAGGUCUUCCAAAUUUCGACAUGUGUUCGGCAAAGGGUCCAGGAAGGAGAAUUGCUACGAGAAUGUACUCAUCACACAGAAGGCUCACGACACGGCCGCCUGCGCCGCCAACCCCAAGUUUGUCGCGAUUGUCGUCGAGGUGGCCGGAGGGGGAGCGUUUAUUGUUCUGCCCUUAGACAAGACGGGCCGUAUAGAUGUGGGCACCCCUAAGGUCACGGGGCAUGCAGGACCAGUGCUGGACAUAAAAUGGUGCCCGUUCAACGAUAAUCUCAUAGCUUCGGCUUCAGAUGAUUGUACAAUCAAGUUGUGGCAUAUACCGGACGGAGGCUUAAAGUCAAGUAUAACGGAACCUUUGGUCGACUUGCAAGGACACCAACGGAGAGUCUCCAUUAUAGAGUGGCAUCCGACAGCUGAGAAUGUGCUGUUCUCCGCGGGUUAUGAUUACCAGAUCUUGAUUUGGAACACUAGGCGAGGUGCCCUUAUGCAGACGAUCGACGUACACACCGAUGUGAUCUACAGCUUAUCGCUAAACCGUGACGGGUCCAGAAUAGCCACAACAUCGCGAGACAAGAGGUUGAGGGUUAUCGACCCCUUGGCUGGAAAAGUAUUACAGGAGGAGAUUUGUCAUGAAGGCUCCAAAGCCUGUAAGGUUGUGUAUUGUGGCGACACAGGGCGAGUGUUUACCGUAGGCUUCAGCCGCUUCAGCGACCGACAAUAUGCCGUUUGGGAUGAAAAGAAUCUGAACACACCACUCAGACAAGAAAAUAUUGACUCGUCGUCUGGCAUCCUCACUCCGUACUAUGACCACGACACGAAGAUUGUCUUUGUUGCUGGAAAAGGCGACGGUAACAUACGGUACUACGAAAUAACGGACAGUCCUCCGUACUGUCACUUUUUAAACCAGUACAUAUCAGGAGAACCUCAAAGAGGUUUAGGACUUAUGCCUAAGAGAGGUUGUAAAGUCUCCCAGUGUGAGAUAUUCCGCUUUUAUAAGCUCUAUGCGACCAAGACCAUAUGUGAACCCAUAUCGAUGAUUGUUCCAAGAAAGAGUGACCAGUUCCAACCAGAUCUGUACCCUGACACAGCCUCUCCCACGCCUGCACUAACGGCGGAGGAGUGGUUUGCAGGCACCAACAAAGGGCCUGUUUUGAUGUCGAUGAAGACAGGGAUGACCAUCAAGACGCAUCGGCCGCUUCCAUUACGACCGACAGAGUCUUCGUCGGACAAGAAUGCAGAUAAGAAGUACGCCUUCCUGUCAAUGGAAACAAGGGCUGAUUACCGACCAAUGGAAUCGAGAUACGGUGCAUCCAUAUACGCAACGUGGGGAAAGUCGUAUGGGACAGGCGGUCCUUUCAAAGAGUCGAGGUACGGUGCGUCAUCGUACGCAACGUGGGGGCGAUCUUACGGGAUGGGCGGUCAUUAUAAAGAGGUGAAGGCCCCAAGCAGUAGCGACAAAGACUUGAAGACCUCGACGAACUUGGACACCAAAUUCCAAGCCCUUCAGAAGUUGUGGGGCUGUAAUGUUAAGAAUAUGCCAGACAACAAGGAACAGUCGUCAACAAGUAGCUCUGGCUUUGAGUCUGAGAAAACCACAGCCAGAAACACCAUCAACAAAAUUAACAUGUCUCCCAGCAAGCUGUCACACCUGAGUAUGCAGGAGAAGGAAAUAGAGAUCCUGGAAAAACCUUCUCCUAAAACAGAGUCAGAGUCGAACCCACAUGAAUCCCAGGAAUCAGCUACUGAAGGUGAUGCUUAGGCUAAGAUUGUCUUCGUAGAGCGUACACAGCCCAAUGCGAAGAGCUCAAACUGCUGAGAAGACAACUCAUCAUCAAAGACCGUCGCAUUCACGAGCUCGAGAACCAACUCAAAGCGAUGACCAAAUAAGGGCAGAAGCGCAUCAGGAUUUAGCAAAAGGAGGCAUAAGGCCAUUUUUUUAUACGCAAGGUCAACGAAACAUACAAGCUAGCUCUGAAUUUCUGAGCACUCACAGGUGCUACGAUUCUUACAAAAAUAUAAAAUAAAAAAACAAAACGUAAUGCAGUACCUUUCAGAAGCAGAGGUUAUAUGGUUUUUUUUCUUUUUUUUUUCCAAUCUUGAGGGCAGUGUGGUUUUAGAACACAUUUACUCUUUGGAGCAAAACCAAAACAUAAUAUAAAAAAACACUACCAAAAUACCAAGAGGGAGGUUGAAGUAACAGACAUAUUACUCUACGCUUAAGCAUUAAUAGAUUUCAGUGUUGCAUACUGUAGGCAAGUUUUUUCAACGACUGUUUAAGGGAUGCAAACAGUGAUGGUACACACUUGGUUAGGAUAGUUAGCCAUCCAAUAGCUUUUAUAUGAAAAUAAUUAUGAAAUACAAAUAACAAUGUUUCACAUGUUCUUCCCAUAUCCCCAAUGGAUAAUUGUAUUUUUCUACCUGGGAAAGAUGGCAAAGGACUGAAAGAAUCUUCGUGGCCUUUCGCCCACCAACAUAAACUAAUGUAGGAAUGUCAGCUUUAAUAUCUCCUGUCAUAGAUCAGCCUGCAACAGCUGUUUACAGGUAGUUGAAGAUACUUUAGGUACAGAUCCCCAUUCAAACCACUUCUGUAAGAGCAAAUCUUUGGAAAGCAAGACUUGGGAAAUCUGUUUGCUGUUUAACUUUAGAUUUCUGUAAUUCCACAUCCCCAAAUAGACCAGCAGCUGUAAAGAAUAAAGAUAAAAAUCCUGAAUUAAUGGGGUUUAAUGACAAAUUAUUCCCCCCCCCAUGAUUCAAUUAUCAUUUAGAGCACUCCUCAAUAGCCUUCCUAUUGCCUUUUAGGUUAGUCAACACCCAAUGUGUGGUCAUAACAUACUUCAGUGUCUCCGUAUUGUUCAAGGUCCCAUUACGAAACAACCCAUUCAAUUUUGCAAUAAGGUAAAAUAUCCAUUAGCACCUACCUAGACUGACAUUUCCUUCCAAUCUAGAUUUAGUUUUCCAAGUGUAACCUUUCCAAGCAUGUGUUAUUGUGACAAAUAAGUACCCUAAACAACUCUGCAGCGUUGACACGCCUCAGAUUUCAUUUCCCAACCACGUUGCCCUCAAGCACGAACUCUAAUUUUUGCUCGUAGUUCAAAUAAUUACAAACUUAGAUGUUAUAUACAGUCAUGGUACAAUUGUUCCCACUAUACAUUCCAGUAUUUUAUGCCAGUAGUGAUGGCAGUUGAAGUGCCCACUUUUAGCCUUUCUCUCUUCCUCUCUCUCUCUCAUAGAGUGAAAACAAAUACUUGAACUGGUACCUACCUUUUUGUCAUCACCCUCUCACGUCAGCAGAGCGAAUAUCGAAGGCUGUCGUCGUUCCACAAAGCGCAAUCUCAGCUUGGUUGGCCUUACCUUGAUUGUGAAGUCCUCUUGUACGCUUAAGCUCAGGAGCGACCACUACCAAAGAAGUUUCCUUUGUAUUUUUAAGUUAUGGAAGGAUUUUCUGUUUAUUUUUUUUAAGUUCCUGGAAAUGUUACAAAAAAAAAAAGGCAUAUCAGUUAUGUUCAUUCUUUGUCCCCAGAUGUAAGAUUUUAUUUUUAUAUUUUUGUUCAUUAUCAUAAUCCUUUUCAUGAGAUACAAGAAUACAGCCCCAAAAUGGAAUUUGUGUGGUUCAAAGGCCUUAACGGCUAAUUUUUGGUCUUUCCAGCACCCCCCCCUUCACUGCCCGUUGGUGUGUAUCCAGUUAAUAUUUUGUGUUCGUCGUCAGAAAGCCGUUCUCAAACUCAAAGUGUGAUUUUAUCUUGAGAUAUUUCAGCUCUUUUUAAGAUUUAUAAGAAUACUAAAGAAGGAACUGUAGAUUGCCCUUUAUAAUCCCAGUCCCUAUCUCUUUUUCAUCCCAGUUCUAUCAUAUAUACGCUAAGAGUACGUUGUAUAAUAUGCAAAUUGUGUUGUGAUAUGGUGACUACAUUUCAUUAUUACUUCUGUAACCCAAGUGACACACAUGCUUACAGGUUAUAUAUAUAUAUAUAGCUAUUGUUUAACCAGGGUUGACAUCAAUGUAGUGUUUGUUAGCAAAGACUAUAUAUACUUUUAGUUUUCUUUCAAGUGAGCAAUGGUUUAUAUCAUGGUCUUUGGUAAAAUGCUAGAUUAUUGCAAAAAAGGUUUUGAAAAAAUUAAAAAAACAAAUAUCUACAUAACUGCACAACUCAUGGUGUCUAGAUAUUAGCUUGUCUACAGGGGUUGUCAAAGUAGCAAUUAUAAAUAUAUACUAUAGCAUUUCGGCUGCAGUGCUUUAUAAAUACUUAGUCAUGGGACUCGUUUGAAAAGCAUAUGUGUUAACUGUGACAAGUGUGGUGCCAAAACAUAAUGAAAAAAAAGACUCACGCUUGUUUUACUCAGCUUUUUUUCUCAUCGCGUACUGUAACGUACACAUACUCGCUACACAAGUUUACGAGAUUCGUGAAACCUUUACUACAAAUAACUGAAAGAGUAACAAUAUUAAGCACAAGUUCCUUUGGGAGAUUUUUUGUUUUCAUUGUCAAUACUCGGUCAAAACAUAUCCUUUUCAGAUUUUUUCGUGUUGUUGUGAUCUCAACAAAGCUGCUACCGAUUACACUUUUUUUUUCCUUUUUUUUUUUUCCUUUUUUUUUUUUGCCUUGAUCAUGUCAAGUCAGACAUCAGAGACGCACUUUGUCGUCACAAAUGUCGACAGAGAUGUUCGCUGUAACAGAAACAUGACGUAGGUAGCAAUAAUAAAGAAGUUUUAAAUUC